GCCUUCGGGCCACCAUCCACCAAAGGCCCCCAGGUGACUAGGGCCACAGUCGCCUCCCUUGCGUGCCUCUCUGCACUCACGUGUACGCGACGAGACAGCCCCCUCCCCACCGUUGCACACACAGAGCGGCCCACAACCGAUGAAAUCUCGCUUCAAAAUUGGAUGGAGCAACCCUUGGGCGCAGGGCGAGAAGCACGUCAGUAGCCGCCCGCUGGCCACAUGUCCUCACAGGGUCCGUGCCCCGCCCCCUGAGGACUUGAGCUAGGCAUCCUCAGUGACAGAGGCACCCUUCUCACUAUGCAUUUGAGGGAUCGUGACAGAGUGCUGACCCUCUGAUCCCGCCCAGGUCAGUCUAGCUAAAGGGUGGGGGGGCCGCCCACGCCUUCCGCAAGUGUAAGGAAACCACUCCGUGAGAGAAACUGGGUCCCGUUUCUCGGCACCAGGCAUUGCAGCCUAAAGGAGAGUCCGCCCCGGUGAAAGUAUGUAUGCAGCGGUGGAACGCGGCCCGGUCCUGUGCAGCGACUCCAACAUCCUCUGCCUCUCCUGGAAAGGCCGCGUCCCCAAGAGCGAGAAGGAGAAGCCCGUGUGCAGGCGACGCUACUAUGAGGAGGGCUGGCUGGCCACGGGCAACGGGAGGGGCGUCGUGGGCGUCACCUUCACCUCCAGCCAUUGCCGCAGGGACCGCAACACGCCCCAGAGGAUCAACUUCAACCUGCGGGGCCACAACAGCGAGGUUGUGCUGGUGAGGUGGAACGAGCCGUACCAGAAGCUGGCCACGUGCGACGCAGACGGCGGGAUAUUCGUGUGGAUUCAGUACGAAGGCCGGUGGUCCGUGGAGCUGGUCAACGACCGAGGGGCCCAGGUGAGCGACUUCACGUGGAGCCACGAUGGGACGCAGGCGCUCAUUUCCUAUCGAGACGGAUUUGUCCUGGUUGGUUCUGUCAGUGGACAAAGGCACUGGUCAUCCGAGAUCAACUUGGAGAGCCAGAUCACGUGUGGCAUAUGGACUCCUGAUGACCAACAGGUGCUGUUCGGCACGGCUGACGGGCAGGUGAUCGUCAUGGACUGCCACGGGCGCAUGCUGGCGCACGUGCUCCUGCACGAGGCGGACGGCAUCCUGGGCAUGUCCUGGAACUGCCCCAUCUUCCUGGUGGAGGACAGCAGCGAGAGCGACACGGACUCCGACGACUACUCCCCUCCCCAAGAUGGCCCCGCGGCGUACCCCAUCCCAGUGCAGAGCUUCAAGCCUCUGCUCACCGUCAGCUUCACCUCCGGAGACAUCAGCCUGAUGAGCAACUAUGACGACUUGUCCCCAACCAUCAUCCGCUCGGGGCUGAAAGAGGUGGUGGCCCAGUGGUGCACACAGGGAGACCUGCUGGCAGUGGCUGGAAUGGAGCGACAGAGCCCACUGGGAGAGCUUCCCAACGGGCCCCUGCUGAAGAGCGCUAUGGUCAAGUUCUACAACGUCCGCGGGGAGCACAUCUUCACGCUGGAUACGCUCGUGCAGCGCCCCAUCAUCUCCAUCUGCUGGGGCCACCGGGACUCGCGGCUGCUCAUGGCGUCGGGCCCGGCCCUGUACGUGGUGCGUGUGGAGCACCGUGUGUCCAGCCUGCAGCUGCUGUGCCAGCAGGCCAUCGCCAGCGCCCUGCGGGAGGACAAGGAUGUCAGUAAGCUGAGCCUGCCGCCCCGCCUCUGCUCCUACCUCUCCACGGCCUUCACCCCCACCAUCCAGCCCCCGAUCCCAGACCCCAGCAACAUGCGGGACUUCGUCAGCUACCCGUCAGCCGGCAACGAGCGGCUGCACUGCACCAUGCGGCGGACAGAGGAUGACCCCGAGGUGGGCGGGCCCUGCUACACGCUCUCCCUGGAGUACCUGGGCGGGCUGGUGCCCGUGCUCAAGGGCCGGCGCAUCAGCAAGCUGCGGCCCGAGUUCGUCAUCAUGGACCCCCGCGUGGACAGCAAGUCAGAGGAAAUGUACGGGAGCAGCCUGACCUCCGCCGUGGGGGACAGCUGCAACUGCUCCGACUCCAGCGACGUCGAGCUGAGCGACGACUGGGCAGCCAGGAAGUCUCCCCGGAUCCCCAGAGCCAGCAAGUCACCCAAGCUCCCCAGGAUCAACAUUGAGGCUCGGAAGUCCCCGAAGCUGUCCCGGGCCACGCAGGAGGUCUCCCGAUCCCCCCGGCUGCCAAUGAGGAAGACCUCCAUCGGCUCACCCAGCUUGGCCCGUAGGGAGUUUCCCUUUGAAGACAUUGCUCAGCACAACUACCUUGCUCAGGUCACGUCGAAUAUCUGGGGCACCAAAUUCAAGAUUGUGGGCUUGGCUGCUUUCCUGCCAACCAACCUUGGUGCAGUGAUCUAUAAAACCAGCCUGCUGCACCUCCAGCCGAGGCAGAUGACCAUCUAUCUCCCGGAAGUGCGCAAGGUGUCCAUGGACUACAUCAAUCUGCCCGUCUUCAACCCGAAUGUCUUCAGCGAGGACGAGGAUGACCUGCCAGUGACAGGGGCAUCCGGAGUCCCCGAGAACAGCCCACCAUGUACUGUCAACAUCCCCAUCGCCCCAAUCCACAGCUCGGCCCAGGCCAUGUCCCCCACCCAGAGCAUCGGGCUGGUGCAGUCCCUGCUGGCCAAUCAGAACGUGCAGCUGGACGUCCUGACCAACCAGACCGUGGCCGUGGGGCCUGCCGAGCACCCCGGAGACGCGCCAGCGCCUUACCAGGUCCCCAGCCGCUACCCGAGCCCUGGGCAGGUGAUCUUUGGGGGCGUGGAGAUGAGCCGGCUGAUCCAGAACCCGCCCCCUCCGCCCCUGACCCUGCCCCCGCCCCCGCCAGGGCCACUGCCGCUGGCCCUGGCAGACCACGGGGACCGGGACCACGAGCACCUGCAGAAGCCAGCCAAGGUGCUGCGGCCGGCCCCGCCCCUGGCGGCCGAGGGCGACGCCGUGGUUUUCAGCGCCCCCCCGGAGCUCCCGGUCAACAAGAUGAACCCGCCGCCUCCCUACCCGGGCACCAUCCCGGCCGCCCCCACCACAGCCGCGCCGCCGCCCCCGCUGCCGCCGCCCCAGCCCCCUGUGGACGUCUGCCUGAAGAAGGGCGACUUCUCGCUCUACACGCCCGCCGCCCACUUCCCGGCGCCGCUGGGCUACGAGCGCAUCACCACCUUCGACAGCAGCGGCAACGUGGAGGAGGUGUGCCGGCCGCGGGCGCGCGUGCUGUGCGCGCAGAGCACCUACACGCUCCCCGGCCCGGGCAGCUCAGCCACGCUGCGGCUCACGGCCACCGAGAAGAAGGUCCCGCAGCCCUGUACCAGCGCCACCCUCAACCGGCUGACGGCCCCUCGCUACUCCAUCCCCCCAGGGGACCCGCCACCCUACCCUGAGAUCGCCAGUCAGCUGGCGCAGGGCCGGGCCGCAGCCCCGAGGCCGGACAGCAGCCUGAUCCACGCUACGCUGCGCAGGAACAACCGUGAGACCGCGCUCCGGGUGGCCCAGCUGACCGACCACCAGCGCGCCACCCUGCAGCACCUGCCCAAGCCCAAGAGCAGCCUGGGCGCGCCUCCGUUCCCCGCGCGGCCCCCGCCCGCGCUGUACACCUGCAGCCAGUGCAGCGGGGUGGGGGCCGGGGGUCGGCCCGACCCAAGUACCAGCUCCCAGCCGGGCCCGGCGCUGGCACACGCAGCCAGCACAUCCCCCUUGACCUCCCAGUCCUCCUACAGCCUCCUGAGCCCCCCGGAUAGCGCCCGGGACCGCACAGACUACGUCAACUCCGCCUUCUCUGAGGACGAGGUGCUGUCCCCGCUCCGCCAGGCCGAGAGGCCCCUACGCCACGCCCCGCUGGCGGACUCGGCCGUAGCCACCGCAACGGUGAAGCGACCGCCCCCUUACCAGUGGGACCCCGUGCUGGGCGAGGACAUUUGGGUACCCCAGGAAAGGACAGCACAGACUUCAGUGCCCAACCCCCUAAAACUGUCCCCUCUGCUGGUGGGCCAGGGCCAGCACCUGGACGUGGCCCGCUUGCCCUUUAUCUCUCCCAAGUCGCCAGCCAGCCCGACUGCCACCUUCCAGGCAGGUUAUGGAGUGGGAGUGCCCUACCCGGGGAGCUAUGUUAAUCCCCAGCUGCAGGGGGUACAGGUCCCCUGCACCCCAAAGGAUGCCCUGGCCCCUCCCCAGUUUUCCCAGCCGGAGCCUGCCAUGGUCCUGCAGCCGGCCUACCCUCCCAGCCUCUCUUACUGCACCCUGCCCCCCAUGUACCCAGGAGGCAGCUCCUGCUCCAGUCUGCAGCUGCCACCCCUCGCUUUGCAUCCCUGGAACUCCUACAGCCCAUGCCCCCCCAUGCAGAACCCCACGGGCACGCUGCCCACCAAGCUGCACCUGGCACCUGAGAAGCCCAUCGUCCCACCACCCCCUCCGCCCCCUGCCGUGCAGAGCCACGUGGGCACCGAGGUGGUGGUGGAGACAGCGGACAACUUCCAGGAGGUGCUGUCCCUGACGGAAAGCCCCGCCCCACAGCGCUCAGAGAAGUUCGGCAAGAAGAACCGGAAGCGGGUGGACAGCCGGGCGGAGGAGGGCAGCGUGCAGGCCAUCACGGAGGGCAAGUUGAAGAAGGAGGCCCGGACACUGAGCGACUUCAACUCCCUGAUCUCCAGCCCCCGACUGGGCCGGGAGAAGAAGAAGGUGAAGAGCCAGAAAGACCAGCUCAAGUCCAAGAAGCUGAACAAGACCAGUGAGUUUCAGGACAGCUCAGAGAGCGAGCCGGAGCUCUUCAUCAGCGGGGAUGAGCUGAUGAACCAGAACCAGGGCGGCAAGAAGGGCUGGCCAACCAAGCGCAGCCUGCGCUCGGCUGCUGAGCUGGAUGGCUUCAAGUGCCGCAAGGCCAGCGAGCGGGAGGAGGGCCGGCUGGGCAGCCAGGGCUUCGUCUACGUCAUGGCCAACAAACAGCCCCUAUGGAACGAGGCCACCCAGGUCUACCAGCUGGACUUCGGGGGCCGUGUGACUCAGGAGUCAGCCAAGAACUUCCAGAUCGAGCUGGAGGGGCGCCAGGUGAUGCAGUUCGGCAGGAUUGAUGGGAACGCCUACAUCCUGGACUUCCAGUACCCCUUCUCGGCCGUGCAGGCCUUUGCCGUCGCCCUGGCCAACGUGACGCAGCGUCUCAAGUGACCGGGGCUCCGCACGGAGGUCUGCCCCAGGACCCCGCCCUCGGACAGCCUCCGUCCGCACUGGAGCCCCACGCCCGGCCAGCAGAGGGCGAGGACUCGGGAGGCCCCUCUGCCGUUUAUUUGGGCUUUUGUUACCCUCACACUGUCUCUCUUUCCGUUCUCCUUUCUUUGCGAACAAAACCAAAAUGCUGUCACUUGGCUUGUGGUGCUGGCUCCUGGGGCGGGGAAGGAGACGAGCUAUGGCAGGAGGCAAGAUUGCCUUGCCCGCCGUCCCUAGACUAGAGCCGUGUGUUAUUUCCUCGUCCAGCCCGUGUGACCCCUCCAACAUCACCACUAGCUCACAAACAAGAGAAUUUUGACAAAACACAACCAAAAAUCCUGACGGUUCCCCGGAGGGAGGGGCAGCACUGAGCUCCCCACUGUGUUCAGUCCCCCAGGGCCACUGGCCCUGGGGCUUUAUAAGGGGCUGUUCUUACUGGCCAGAUCCCCAGGUGGUGAUGCAGGGCGGACAAUAGGUGAGGAGGGGGCUCCAGACACCAGCCCUGCUCUGGGCAUGCUCUGCGACACCUGGAUGACCCAGCCAGCAGGGCCUGAAACCAUCCAAGGAGACACUCCACCUCGGGUGUCUGCAGGCUGGUGUGGCUGUUGAGAAUGACUGACCCACGGAGCAGGUGACCAGGCAAACAUGAAAGGGGCCCAGGCCUGGGGAGGGGGUCCCUCCCUGAUGCCCACUGCUGAGAAUCCCAGCCCCACCCCUCGCUUGUCCGUCCUGCCCUUCCACAAUGGAACCCUCCACCUCCUCUCCAGAAAAGGGCUGACCAGGUGGGAUUGGAAGGUUCUCCUUUCCUUCUCCGGCCUGCCUCACACUCCAGUCAGCUAAAGGUGUCUCCCACUGACUAGAAACUGAAAUUUUUUUUAAAAAGAAGAAAAAGAAAUAGCAAGCAUUAGCCAGGGUAUGGAAAAAGAGGAGUGUGGUGGCUAAGUUCUUGAUGGAAGUUCACGAUCUUCAGGGAAGAAAAAAAAAGUUAAACUGUCCGGGGAAAAAUAAACCCACUGGGGAGAAUUGGCAAAACGGUCGUCCUGAAGGUCAUGUUGGUUGCUUUGGGGACUCAACCGAGGGUACCUUUGCCCACCUCCCUCUUCCUCAGGAGGACAGUUUGGGCAGGGGUCCCCCAAGGAGCAGGAGACCGUGGGUUUCAGCUUGGUGUCCUUCCCACGCCCUCCCCACCCCCUGGUCAUGUGUAGCUGUGACGUCACUUAGGGCCGGAGCCCGCGAGGACUGGACUGGCUUGGGGCCAGGUUCUGUUGGCAGGCAGGCCGUUAAUCAGGCAGUGCCACAAGACACGUGGUUUUGGAAGCUCCCGGUUUUGGUGUUCUGAGCCGGACAAUAGGGUGGCCUCGCGAGAGGACACCAGCCCAUCCCCUUUCUGGUGCAAGAAGGGUCCCCUUAGCCGUCCCCACGGCCGGCGGAGGUCCUAAAGAGCUCUGUAAAUAGGACGGAGGAGGUCUGCCAGUUAACGCACUCUCCCUUUCUGUGUAGAAAGCCCGGAGGGAGUUGGGGUGGGUACCUCCUUCCAGAAAGAACUCAGCAGUGUGCCUGGGAUGGCCCGGGAUGGUUUUCUCUGCGUUUUGGUAGCUUGCUGUGGUGUUUUCGAUGCUCAUUAUCAGUUGUGCAAUAAUGAUUACAGCCUGUUUCCGAAAUAAUUUAAAUGCAAUUCCCUGUUUGGUCCAAGAUCCCUAUUUAUCUUUGCCUUGAGUAGUGAUUUAUUUUAUGUUUCUUGGUGUGGUGGGUUUUGUUCUGUUUGGGUUUGUUUUUUUUUUUAAUUACUUUGUUCCUAUACAUUGGUGAGUUCUGCCCAUUUGGUUAUUUAUUUAGAAACCCAGUAUCAUUGUAAUGACGUCUUGGUGGCGGUGUACUUUGCUGCAAGAAAUAAAAAGGAUGUCAAUAGAA